AUGACUGUGAUGGAACUACACAGAAAAAAGCUAGAUUUUGAAAUUCUUCUUUGUACAUUUCAGACAGAAAUCUCAGCCAGCCUCGAGUCCUUACAGAAAAAACUCAGAGUACUAAUCAACACAAAGGAACAAUGGGAGGAAAUAAAAACCUAUAUCCAGACGCAGGCAUGUGAAACGGAGACAGGGAUCAAGGAAGAGUUUAAGAAGCUCCACCAGUUCCUUAAGGAGGAGGAAAACACCAGAUUGCAGGCACUGAAACAGGAGGAGGAAACCAAGACUCAAAUCAUGUGUACGAAGCUGGAAAACAUUGAAGAGCAGAUCAACACUCUCUCCUCCACCAUCAAUGAUAUUGAAACAGCUCUCAAAGCACAGGAUAUACAACUUCUACAGGACUACAAGAAGACAAAGAAAAUGCUUCAGUGGAAAAUUGGAGAGCCAGAGGUUAUCAGAGAUAUCCUGAUAAACUCUGCAAAGCAUCUGGGAUCGCUUAGUUUUCACAUUUGGAAGAAGAUGGAAGACAUUGUCAGAUGUGUUCCUGUUGUUUUGGAUCCAAACACUGCCCAGUCCAACUUAAAGUUCUCUGAAGAACUGUCCUGUGUGCAAUACAGCAGCAAGAAGCUCCUACCCAACAAUCCUGAACGUCUCAUCAACCGUAUUUCUGUGCUGGGAGCCACUGGUUUUACAUCUGGAAAGCACAGCUGGACUGUAGAUAUGGGCCAAGGCAAAGACUGGUACAUUGGAGUGGUUCUAGACUCCAUCCAAAGAAAGAAUACCAUCUUCCUCAGCCCUGCUGAGGGUUUCUGGGUAAUUGGCUUGAGCAAUGGAGACUCACUGUGGGCACAGACCACACCUCGCUCCAAGCUCCCAAUGAAGGAGAAGCCCAACAGGAUUACAGUAGAGCUGGACUACGAGAAGGGAAAAAUCGUUUUCAUCAAUGCUGCAGAUUCUACAAAGAUCCACACAUUCAAAGACAAAUUUACUGAGAAGGUUUUCCCCUACUUUUCCCCCGGAUUGUGUAAGGAUGUGCAAAAUGCAAGUCCAUUGACAAUCUGUCCCCAGAUAAUUAAAGUGAAAGUAGAAUAGUUUCCCAUU